AUGAAACUGGUCUUAUUGGUACUUCUAACAGCCUUGUCUGUAAAUGGAGCAGUCAGCAGAGAAAGUAAGUCUUUUUUUGUAAAGAAAGUUUUUGCGUUUUGUAAAAAUAAUUUUUUUUGUAAACAAAGUUUUUGCAUUUUGAUGUUUAUACCUAACCCUGUAGGCCAUUUGACAUUUUUUUAAAAAUUUUUGCCAUUUCAGACCACUUCGGAGAGCCUUGUGCCCUUUGUGGCUGCUUUAUUGAAUAUACUGACAGAGAUGUUGGUAUGGGCAGAAUGCCAUUCAAAGUAGCUUCCCAUUCAUACGACAUAACUGAAGACAAAUGUCUUGCUGGGUGUUUGCAGGACUCGGUAAGUCUUUUUUAAAUUUUAAAUCUUUUUAUUAAAGACUAGGCUGGGACUGAGACAAGGUCCGGUUUAAAGAAGACUAACGUAAAGGUAGGAUGUAGGGUUAUAGCUAGGCCUGAAGCUAGAGCUAGGGAAGGUUAGGGAAGGCUAAGGGGAGCUAGAUAAGUCUACAGAGGGCUAAGCGAGGGACGGGGUAGAGAGGACAAAGAAGGCUAAGGCUAGGGCUUUGAGCUAGAACUCUGGGUUAAGGCUUUGGGUUAGCAUUCUGAACUAGGACAGGGGCUAGGCUCUGAGCUAGGGCUCUAAGCUAGGGUUCUGGCUAGGGCUUUGGGCUGGUGCUUUAGGCUACGGCUUUAGGUUAGAGAUAAGCUAAGGCUAAGGCGAAGGCUAAGGCUAAGGCUCUGCGCUAGGGCUCUGGCUAAGGCUAGGGCUCUGGGCUAGGGCUCUGGGCUAGGGCUCUGGGCUAGGGCUCUGGGCUAGGGCUAGGGUGAGAUUUUUUUAAAUUUUUUCUUAAAAUACGAUGUUAUCUUUAGGCUUGUAAAAUGGCAGUUUAUGGCUUUGUCGGCGGUCGAUCUGUGUUUUCCUGUGAAUAUUAUGAUCUAAUUGAUGUUCAAAAGCCAAUUUACGUGCCCUAUACCAACAUAUACUUGAAGAGAACUUCGGCUUGCCAAAAGGAAUGUAAGUCUAGUUUAAAUAUUGUAAAAAAAUCAACUUAGUACCAAAUAAUACUGUCAUAUAAUAUAAAUUUAGUGAGUAAAUACCCACAAGUCCAAGCCGUCCAAAGCGAUGCCAUUCCAUUGAUGAACGAGGAAGUUUCGUCGCGGAAACAACGUGAAAUGAGAAUGAAUCAACGUACCAAUCCGUUCGCUAUUGGAAAGUAG